CCACCCCUACACCCCCCCUCUCUAACAAUAGCUAGCACUCAACCUACCAAAAUAACAAAAAGAAAAAAAAAUUCAAAAAAAAAAGAAAAGAAAAGGCUCAACCCUCUCUUCACUCCACACCUCUCCAAUACCCACCCAAUUCCACAUGUACUCUCCUCUCCCCCCCUCACCUCCCCAUCCAGCGUUUCUCUUUGUGCCUAUAUUUAAACACCCCCCCCCAACACACAAACACACAAAACAUAAUCACAAACACCAACAUAUAACAUAUAUAUCGAGUAAGUGUGCUUGUGAGCUUGGAAUCUUAUUAAUUAAGACGCAAAAAAGGCCCCACCCUCUAUAUAUAAACGCCACCCCCUCCCCCCCUCUCCUAUUCAUUCACUCUAAAUUUAGUAUUUAGUAUUUAGUAUUUAGUAUUUGCAUCAACGCCUCCAUCUCUCUCUCUCUCUCUCCGUUUUCUCGGAAAUGGAAUCGCCGGAGAGCCCCGCCGCCAAGUCGGUCGCCAAGCGCAAGCGGAGCAAGCGGCUGCGGCCCGUCCCGGCCGCAGCGGCCUCAUCGGCCUCCUCCUCCUCCGCCGAAUUCUCCUCUGGGUGCACCGCCACCGCCGCCGACGACGACGACAUGGCGGCCAAUUGCCUCAUCCUCCUCGCCCAAGGCCGCUGCGAUUCUCCUGCCGCAGCCGCCGCCGACGACAACGACGUCGUCGAAAUCCGACCCCCGGAAUUGCAGCUGCCGCUGCCGCCGGCGAGGCAAGGAGGCGACCGGCAGAAUGAGAAAUUCGGGGGCAGCCGGAGGUUCACAGCCGGGUUCUACGUCUACGAGUGCAAGACGUGCAGCAAGUGCUUCCCGUCGUUCCAGGCGCUCGGCGGCCACCGCGCCAGCCACAAGAAGCCGAGGCUGUCGAGCGCGUCGGCGGAGGCGGCGGAAUCGAAGAAGGAGGAGAGGGGUGGUGGUGCAGUUCUGUCGUUGGAUCUCAACCUCCCCGCCCCCUCCGACGACGUCGACGGACGCGUCGCCGCGUUCGCAGAGUCACAGUUUCAGCAGCAGCAGCAGCAGCAGCAGCUCUUCUCGGCCUCCUCGGCUUUGGUAGAUUGUCAUUAUUAA